UGCCCAGAACAAAGGCUCUUUUCACGCCCGUGUCCCGCAGUCCCAAGCUUUCUCUGAGUCAGAAGAGAGUGGAGGGUUUUGUCAUCCUCCCGCCCCAGCAACUUAGACCCAAGGAACCCGCGCGUGGCCAGCGUCGGGGAGUCAGGGGCGAGGUUGGGGACCUGGAGGAGGGCUCGUGUUCCUGAGCCUUGCAAGGAUAUGCCAGGCCUUGGGAGCCAUAGCUGAGGAGUCGGGGCGGAGCUGCUGGGCCAGGCCUGCCGCCGGGUUGAGUGUGACUCCACGGUCCCGGAGUAGGGGGGUGGGGGACAGCCCUGCAGCUGGCUGGGACCCGGGGCUGGUUUCCUGUCUGGAAGGGAAGGGGCCCCGAGAGGGGAUCAGGGCCAGCAGCAGCCAGGCACACCCCUGACUUUCUCCCUCUCUCUCUCCUCCCUUCUGCUGGAAAAGCGAGGUAAUUGUGAGCCCAGGGUGGGGCGUGCUGGAUGGGGGCCGGCAUUGGAAGGGGUGACCCUGGGAGCUGGGCUGCAUUACAGACUCACCCCUUUGUCCCAUUCCCUGGGCUCAAGUCGCCUCAUGUCCUCACUUCUGUCGCUAACUUUUCUCAAACUAAGCCAGAACUCCCUCGGUCGGUUCUGAUCUCCCGUCAAGCCUCAGGAUUCCGUAGAAUCAGCAGGAGGCGUCCCUUCCCUGCCCCCUUCCAGCUGUGCCUGCCCCUCACUGCCCUCGCAGCACGCACAUUCUCGAUCGGCCAGGCCAGAGAUGUGGGCGGGAGCGGGGGAGGGGCCAAAAUGGGAAUGAAAGGGCCUUUUUCUUCCACAGCUGGGAGAACAGCUGCCACCAACUCCAGGCUGGACACUCUGUGCCCAGAGCCCCCUCUGCAGCUGGCCUCUCCUCCCAGGAACCCCUGCUCAUUCUUACCUCACUUUCUUUCCUCCUCUGCUUGGCUCCUACCAAGGCCUUGGAACAGCGCUAGGAGAGAAACUUUUGUCACAGAAGCCAAAGGGGUCUAACAGGACUGCAGAGGGACAGGGACAGACUCUGCAUUCUGUCCCAGAGCUGGACACCUCUCUCGAGCCCGGGGAGCAGUGGGAGGAGGAACUGUGGGACAACGUGGUGCCUACCUGGCCUCUCUCCGGGCAGCAAGGGAAGGGGCUUUAGGGGACACAGAGAUGCAGGACAGAUUGCGCAUCCUGGAGGACCUCAAUAUGCUCUACAUCCGGCAGAUGGCACUCAGCCUGGAGGACACAGAGCUGCAGAGGAAACUAGAUCAUGAGAUCCGGAUGAGGGAUGGGGCCUGCAAGCUGCUGGCAGCCUGCUCCCAGCGAGAGCAGGCUCUGGAAGCCACCAAGAGCCUGCUGGUGUGCAACAGCCGUAUUCUCAGCUACAUGGGUGAGCUGCAGCGGCGAAAGGAGGCCCAGGUGCUGGAGAAGACAGGCAGGCGACCUUCGGACAGUGUGCAGCCUGCUCAGCACUCCCCUUGCCGUGGCCGGGUCUGCAUCUCUGACCUCCGGAUCCCACUCAUGUGGAAGGAUACAGAGUAUUUCAAGAACAAAGGCGACCUGCACCGCUGGGCUGUGUUCCUGCUGCUGCAGAUUGGGGAACAGAUUCAGGACACAGAGAUGGUCCUGGUAGACAGGACCCUCACAGACAUCUCCUUUCAGAAUAAUGUGCUUUUUGCUGAGGCAGAGCCUGACUUUGAACUGCGGCUGGAGCUGUAUGGGGCCUGUGUGGAAGAGGAGGGAGCCCUGGCUGGUGCUCCCAAGAGGCUUGCCACCAAACUCAGUAGCUCCCUGGGCCGUUCCUCGGGGAAGAGAGUCAGGGCAUCGCUGGACAGUGCUGGGGCCUCCGGGAACAGUCCCGUCCUGUUACCUACCCCAGCUGUGGGAGGUCCUCGAUUCCACCUCUUGGCCCACACCACUCUUACCCUAGAAGAAGUGCAAGAUGGAUUCCGUACACAUGACCUCACGCUCACCAGUCAUGAGGAGAACCCUGCCUGGCUACCCCUUUAUGGCAGCGUGUGUUGCCGCCUGGCAGCUCAGCCUCUCUGCAUGAUCCAGCCCACUGCAAGUGGUGCCCUUAGGGUGCAGCAAGCCGGGGAGCUGCAGAAUGGGACACUGGUACAUGGAGUCCUGAAAGGCACAAACCUCUUUUGUUACUGGAGAUCUGAGGAUGCAGACACUGGGCAAGAACCACUGUUCACUAUCGUCAUCAACAAGGAGACUAGGGUCCGGGCAGGUGAGUUGGAGCAGGCCCCAGAGUGGCCUUUCACCCUCAGCAUCAGCAACAAGUAUGGGGAUGAUGAGGUGACAAACACCCUCCAGCUGGAGAGCAGAGAAGCCCUGCAGAACUGGAUGGAGGCGCUUUGGCAGCUCUUCUUUGACAUGAGCCAGUGGAGGCACUGUUGUGAUGAAGUCAUGAAGAUCGAAACUCCUGCGCCCCGGAAACCACCCCAAGCCCUGGCCAAGCAGGGGUCCUUAUACCACGAGAUGGUCUUAUCAGAACCUGUGGCCUCCGGAGGUCCCUGUGAGGGGCUGCUCCUGCAGAAUAAUGCCAUCUCAGCAGAGAUUCGGGCCUUGCUUUCUUCCUAUUACAGUGACAGGUGACAGUCAGGGCUGAGCAGGCCAGGGCUUGAGCUCUGACUAGCCCCCUCCCCUUGCCCCCUCCCUGCUGCCACAGCCAUUGAGCCGCUAGACGACAUCGCAGCUGUGACAGACAUCCUGGCCCAGCGGGAGGGCACAAGGCUGGAGCCAUCCCCACCCUGGCUAGCAAUGUUUACAGACCAGCCUGCCUUGCCUAGCUCCUGCUCGCCUGCCUCAGUGGCCCCAGUCCCAACCUGGAUGCAACCCCUGCCCUGGGGAAGACCCCGAACCUUUUCCCUGGAUGCUGCCCCUGCAGACCACUCCCUUGGGCCUUCUCGCUCGGUUGCACCCCUUCCCCCGCAGAGAUCCCCCAAAUCCAGAGGUUUCUACAGCAAAAGCCAGCUCGGCCCAUGGCUCCAGUCCCCAGUGUGAGAGGAACCAGCAACAGGAUCUGGCCAAGAAAGAAAAUGACCCAAGGACAACUGGGCUCUAGGUCCAGCACUGUGGGGCACCAGUUGGCCAGCCUGGGCUCCUCUUCCUCCACUGGACUAGGACGGAAGGCUGGGGAGGGGUAAUGGAAACCCCUCUUAAGUUGUGGCUAUCAUGGUACAGAGGGGGACCAUUCCUGGAGCUGGCUAGGAUUCCCCUAAGCGCUUCCUGGGAGAAAACUGGAACAACUCUGCCCUAUCUGCCUGCACUAACCAGCCUCCAGGGCGGCAACGGAGAGUGGAGAGGAAAGCACCUCCCCCCGUGAUCCCAAUAUCAACCAUUAAAGUUAUUUAACAGCUCGA